UGACUGAUGUGGAACGCAGGCUGCGGGGAGACCACUCCCAGAGCUUCAGAUGUUCCCGCCGCCAGUGUCUUGACAGCUGCCUGGGAACUAAAUCCGGACUCACCAUUCUACGGCCCUUGUACAAUAAUCCCCUCUCCCCCUCCCAGAAUCACCACCCCUGGGGCGGACCCGGAGGAACUGAGCCCUGGUCCUCCUCACUGCGCACCUCUGAGGUUCUAUUCCAAACAGUCCUUUCUGCCAGAAGACUGUGGUGCCAGAAAAAUCCUCCUGCCUCUGAGAUUCAGUAGCCAAAAGAACCAGCAUGUAAAGUAUCAGUUGAAUUCAUGACUUGAUCUUGUAAAAAGCCAAAUGUAGCUCAUCUUUAUAAGCCAGAUCAAAUGCAUGCAUGAUGGGCAGGAGGAGAGAGCUGGCAUGCCGAUGACCCCGUCUUUGCAUCCGUGGCCGUCUUCAACUCUGCCGUGUGUUGCUGGAGAAACAAGGCUGGCAGGGGAGCUUGGAAGCCUGAAGUCAGAGGGAAUGUGUAUGAUAAGUUCUGGCAUCAGACCGGAGUUCACAUCUGAGCCCUGUGACUGAUUAGCCAUGUGACCAUGGGCAAGUUGCUUUAUAUCUCUGAGGCUCAGGUCUUCCAGGCUUCAUCACUGAACCUUCUGGAAUCUUCUCACCUGCACCAUGAAUGUCUCUCACUUCCUGGCCUUACUGCUCCCAGGAUCCCCACAGGGUCAAAACAGGAGCAGGUCAAGGAGCAUUCCGUACAACUUCUCAGACCACUGCCAGGAUUCUGUAGACCUGAUGGUCUUCAUUGUCACCUCUUAUAGCAUUGAGACUGUUGUGGGGGUCCUGGGCAACCUCUGCCUCAUAUGCGUGACCAUGCGGCAGAAGGAGAAGGCCAACGUGACCAACCUGCUCAUUGCCAACCUGGCUUUCUCUGACUUCCUCAUGGGUCUCCUCUGUCAGCCGCUCACGGCCAUAUACACCAUUAUGGACUACUGGGUCUUUGGGGAGACCCUUUGCAAGAUGUCGGCCUUCAUCCAGUGCUUGUCGGUGACAGUCUCCAUCCUUUCGCUUGUUCUUGUGGCCCUGGAGAGGCAUCAGCUCAUCAUCAACCCAACAGGCUGGAAGCCCAGUGUCCCCCAGGCCUACCUGGGGAUUGUGAUCAUCUGGCUCAUCGGCGCCUUCCUCUCCCUGCCCUUCCUGGUCAACAGUGUCCUGGAGAAAGUCUUUCAUAGGAACCACUCCAAGGCUGUGGAGUUUCUGGCAGAUAAGGUGGUCUGUACCGAGUCGUGGCCACUGCACCACCACCGCAUCGUCUACACCACCUCCCUGCUGCUCUUCCAGUACUGUGUGCCCUUGGCCUUCAUCCUGGUCUGCUACGUGCGCAUCUACCAGCACCUGCGGAAGCGGAGGCAGGUGUUCCGCAAGGGCACCUACAGCUCACGGGCAUGGCAGAUGAAGCGGAUAAAUGGGAUCCUCGUGGUCAUGGUGGUGGCCUUCGCCGUGCUCUGGCUGCCCCUGCAUGUGUUCAACAGCCUAGAGGACUGGUACCACGAGGCCAUCCCCAUCUGUUACGCCAACCUCAUCUUCUUGGUGUGCCACCUGCUUGCCAUGGCCUCUACCUGUGUCAACCCUUUCAUCUACGGUUUUCUCAACACCAACUUCAAGAAGGAGGUCAAGGCCCUGGUGCUGACGUGUCAGCAGAGUGCUCCGGUGGAUGAGUCUGAGCAUCUGCCCCUGUCCACAGUGCACACGGAGGUCUCCAAAGGCUCUCUGAGGCUCAGUGGCAGGUCUAACCCUAUUUAGUCUGGUUUAGGGCUUCUCCCAGCCACGUCCAUUGCCAGGCUGUCUCACUCAGCUAAGUGAGCCAGUUGCAUCAUUACUGCAUCGUUAGGGCAUUCUGGUGGCACUCCAUCAUUGCUGGUUUUCUGGAGCCCAGAGAGGCUGGAGAGAGCCUCUUUUUGUACGCAUCUACUCUGUGAAGCCCGACAUUCACACGAUCCAAGCAUUUAUUCCUGGAGGAGUCCUGAGUCUGGAUUCUGCAGGUUAGAGCAUGCCUUGCAGCCUGACCAGGUGCUGGAACCAGAGAUGGUCCUCUUGUAGCAGGCAGAGUUCAUUCUGGUAAUUCACAAACAGAUGCUCAGCCUAGGAACCCAAGGGGUUCAUCUUGGCCAAUGAGACUGUGAGGUCACUGUGGGGUAAGGGAAGGAGCACGUGGGGUCAGGGCUCUGGACCUUGGUCAGUCCCUCACCUCUGAGAGAGGUGAUGUUGGUGAACAGAAUUUACGAGUAGUAAAGAAGUCUAUGAAGACAAGAUAGAGGGAUUACUGUCAUGGGGUUAGAGUAUUACAUUGCAGAGCAUGGAUCCUGGUCAUCUUGGGUCCUCGUGCUCCUCUGCAGCAGGAAAGUCAGGCCUGAGCAGCAAGAACCCCAGGAUUCACCUCCUGCUCCAACUUUCUCUUCCACUGCCUCUGCCACCUUAGUUCGAAAUAAGACUGCAAGUGCCCCCCCCGAAAACCACCUUGAGGGGGAUACCUGCAUUGUCGCAGAGCUGGUCCUCCACACCUAGGACAGAUGCUGGUGCAGGGAGAGGGCUCCAGCAAGUCAGGCUGAUGGCAAACGUGCCCUGCUGAGUGCUCAGCUGAGCACAAGCACCCUGGGCCACAGUCCAGCAUGGGGAGGACUCAGGCUGCUUCAGCCAUGCUCUUACCUCCUCUUCCUGACUUUCAGGACUUCUCUCGACAAGGCAGCUGGCUAGGAACUCUGUGUGCCUCCCCAUCAUUGACCCACUGCCAAGGCCAACGGCACUCUGACUGCUAACCUGACUUGCUCUAGGUGAUGGGCACCCUGUUGAAAAGCCUCACCAAGGCUUCAGGAAGGGUAGGGGCAGGGGGGUUCUUUUGUUUGGCUUAAUGGGACACUGGCUGAAACCUAGAUUUCCUCCC